UGCAACCCCCAAGCCAGCAUAAACUCACGGCGUGAUCCGCGCGGUUCAGUUGUUCCGGACUUGUCGCGAGGACGAGGUGUCGAAGCACCUUGCGCACCCUGGUCCUCGAAUUAGAUCCGAGUGUAUUUCACACUUCCGGAAGACUGGCGUUUCAACGCUCGUCAUGUCGUGUGUCUUGUUUGGUGUACCGAGUCCGAUGUGUUGUGGUAGAUAUUAGUGGCCGUGGCCUUUACAGCCUAGUAGUUGCUGCGGCGGUAGUUGUUUACCUUCCGAUGUAACGGCACACGAGUGCAUGUUUAUAUUUAUAGCCCAAUUAUCGCGUAAGCCUCAACGAAUUUCUCCAACUUUAACGUAUCCGAAUUUCAUUUGUGUCCAGCGUUAUCCUAUCCGAGGAAAGAUGCAGCUCCUAACGCCGAGACACGUCUGAAGCAAAAGCUCCAAGAUGAAGUGGCCCUUGCUCCUAUUGUGGCUCCUGUUGUCGCAUUCUGGGAUUCUCGGGGCACUGCAGCAUGGGUGCAAAUUUCCCGAGCAAUGGAGGGGUGAAUGGUUUCAAUCGGGCGUCCUGCAAUUAGUCGCCGUGAAUGAGACGACAAUCACCGGCAAAGGGCGCUGUAUCGAAGCCGACGGUGACAAGUUCCUCAUCGCAGAUCGACCGUACAACUGUUAUCGAUGCAUGGUCAUACACGAGAAACACCCGAACGUGCUUCAGUUCAAGGAAACGUUCUGCCUUCCCUCGGGAAGUGUAAGCCUAAGCUCUGCUUGUGCUCAGCUGGCCGGAGACGCCGCGCUGAACUCGCUCUUCCGGUCAGGAGCAGCUCCAUCCCGAUGCCCCUUCGAGGGACCCCUCCUCUUCAGCUACAACCGUGGCCAGGGUGAAUGCUCGAAUCCACCCUCAGUGGCCGAGACCUGCACCCACGAGUCGCGGCUCCUUUUGCGCUAUCAGGCCUGCCACGAUGUUCGCGCCACCGAAAGUACAGUCGAGGAAAUCGAGUGCCUGGCCACCUGGAGGGAGGGAAGCACGCGUUACCUGGUUGCACGGCUGAACGGCGAGAGGCUGACAACAGACGAGGACCGCUACAGGUGCUUCAUCUACGCCAAGAGCGGGAGGAACUCUUGGAACUUGGCCCAGAGCGGAGAUGCCACAUGCAGCGGAGUGCUUAGCGCGACUGAAGGUGCCAGGACUCUCAACAUGACGCAGAGUCGCUCACCGGUCGGCUGUGACUUUCCGAACUGGGUUGUGUCAGCCGGAACGUGGGUCGCCCUGGACUUAGUGGCCCGGCUUUUAACCUCCCCCAGGAACCUGACGAUCCUGAACCAGGACGAGACGCGUCUCGUCUGUCACUCGGUGGUCAACUCGGACCUCCAAUCCUCAUCGAUCCAGACUGAGCGGCGAAUAACUCUCGUGGCCAAAGCGACGCGUGGCUGCACCAAUGGCUACGUGUGUCUAGUAUUUCACAAAAGGGAUGGCCACGUGAUUGAAAUGCAGCAAUCUAAAAUGUGGAGUCAGCAGGCGGAGGACGCGUGUAAACCGAGCGGUUUCAAUCCACUGUCAGCUCCAUACACAACAUUCAUCACGUCCGACCCUAUACCUCAGCAGUGCCCUCAUCUAGGAAGCUACAAGGUCGCUUCAUGGCACUCCUAUCACCAGAUGGACGGGACUAGAGAGAUGCUCGGCUUCGACGAAGAGCACACCAUCGGCGAAAACGAGGAGGAUGCCAUCGCGCAAGAGGUCAAAGUAACACCGUUACCACCUCCAUCCCCCACGCCGUGUCACCAAGACAGUGUCACUGGCCUGGACAUUGGCUGUCGGAGCUCUCAUCGUAUGGAGUUCUCAGCCUCCUGCAGGGAUGAAGCAUUUUCCGUUUACUGGUGCCAUGGCAGUUGGGAGGAAAAUGGCACAGCAUAUGUGGUUGCUAGUACAGAAGCAGCGCGCUAUUGCCUCGUAUACAGCGCAACGGCGGCGUCAGUUGGACAUAAUGACCUCUCAGUCACGAAUCAUUUCGCUUCUUGUCCAAGGCCAACUCAGCACCAUCAUCGGCAGCACAUUUGGAAGCUAAAUCUCACCGCUUACGCGCAAUGCGGUAAAGCUUCCUCUUCGUCUUCGAGGAGGUUACACUGGCCCAGGGAUACUUUAUGUUGGGUGAUCCUGUGCUCUUUGUUCAGCCGAUAUGUCACGAGGUGAUUGUUCGGAAUCUGGGACUCGUGGCUAACGUUAACAAUUGUAUAGUAAACUAACGAGAACAGUAACGAUAAGCAUAGCAAUCUCACAAAAGUUAAAGAGAGACGUAACGUCAAUGAUCGUAGUGUGUAACUAUUACAACCAAUGUUAGGAUCGACUAUGAAAGUCAACGUAGGCGGAUACGGGCACGACUUUUCUCAGACUCAUUACUACUCUGGCAGACUCAGAAGUUUUUCAGGCUUCUACGAACGUACGUGUAAAUAAUUACCGCCACCUUUUCCAAUCCCAUUUAUUCUACAACCAAGUCUCUCUUUCUAAAAGGGGGUGGUGCUAUACAGGUUGAUAAAUAUCUAUUAUUUGCCGAUCAAUAACAAAACAUAAAUACAACUGGGAGAAAAAAAAUUUUGGAACUCAUCUCGAAGCGAGUUAAAAGAAUGUAUUUCAAGUUUGUUGUUUCUAUAUUGAUGAAAAAAAGUGCUGACCUACUUCUUCUAGGUUCUUCUAAGUUUUAUGUACCGUUAAUUAGGGAUUUUUAUUUCAACGUCUUUACGUAAAACUUGAGUGGGAAUAAUAUGGUUUUUGCAAAUGUGGUGGUUGCCUGAUAGGUAGAUAGAAUUGGCGAGGAGUCGUUUUAUUAUCCGGUACAUUUACUCCGAACGAGAACGGUGACGAGGGUCAACCCGAGGAAUAAUUCUUUUUCUUCGUUUUACGAUGAAAGUAAAAAAAAUCGUGAACUUACCGUGUAAGUAGACCUCUUGUCAUUAUGAAGUGAUUGAAAGUAGACAGAUGCGUUCAGGCUCGUUCGGUGUAACCGUACUUUGAAUCGAUGUAUAAUAAAAUAAUAAAAGGGUGCUGGGGCCAAUAAUAUACGAAUUGAGUGUUGAUUCUAAGUUGAGGUAAAACUUUAUUUAUAAAACUAUGGGUCUGCCACAGUUGUAGAGCUGAAAAUGUCACUCCGAAUGGUACGUAACUAUACAUAUUUGUCAAGUUAUCGUUAUUUCGAUUAUCCGCAUGCAUUUAUGCUUCCCGUCUGGUUCGUAAACUGUUUUCUUACUGGUACUUCGGAAAAUUUUU